AUGGCAGGGUGGAGGAAAGCGUGGCUAUCCGUCCUGGACCGAAGCGGCAGCGGCAGCGGAUCCCUGCAGGCGCACCUCCAGGGAUCCUCCUCGUCGUCUUCCCUGACCAACUACAAGAGGGGCGGCAAGUACGGCAACGGCCACGUGAGCGGCAAGGCGGUGGUCGGCUGCUUCUCCGCCGCACUCGCGCUCGCCUUCUUCUACGUUUCCAUCACCAGCGGACCCACCGCCGACGAUUCCUUCCCCUCCCCGGCGACGUCUUCGGCGUCGUCGUCCGCGCUCCUCCUGUCGUCGCUGGCGUCGAACUCCUCGUCGUCGUCGUCGCCGACGACCGCGUUGCCGAGGAAGCCUCUUCCUCCCCACCCGCCCAUUCCUCCUGCUGUGACUGUGAGCAGCGCAGCUGCUGAUCGGCAGGACAACGCGCGCAACGCGACCUGGGGGGCGCGUCAGGUGCAGAGCAGCGGGGAGGACUCAUCGUCUUCGUCUUCAGAGGGAUCGGGACAAGAGACACCGGUGUCGGGGCAAUCGGCCAACGCGCAGGGUCCUCCCCUGCGGGACGCCGGAAACGCCACCGUCGGUAACGGCACGAGGGUACAAGACCCGCAAGAGGAAACUGCAAUUGCGACUCCACGGCAGCAGAGAGCGGACGGAGCCAAUUUCUCGCACAAAGCCGAGCCGGCAGGAGACACUGACGUCGCCAUUGGCAGCUCUACUGACACCGGGACUUCGAACAAAGAUGAGAUAACCAAGAACGCCGGCAUCGAGAUCGUGCAGAAGUCGACACGGCCGACGACUCUACCAUCACCACCGGCGCGAAAGGAUGACAGGCACAGGCACAUGAGAGCCGUGAGGCACGGGCACGCGAGGCGGCGGAAGGACAUCGUCCUCCCGGCGGCGCAGGAAGUAGCUGCCGGCGUGCACAGCGACGGCGACACUGCUGGCGUGAACACCAGCAUGGCCGUCGGGCCUGGGAACGACAUGGCUGUCGUGAACACCAGCGUGGCCGUCGUCGGGCCCGGCAACAACCGGAUCGUGUGGACGUCGGGCGUGCAAGACCUGGUUUCUUUCGCGAAGUGCGACGUGUUCAGCGGGAGGUGGGUGAGGGACGAGAGUUAUGGGUUCUACCCGCCGAGGUCGUGCCCGCACAUCGACGACGACUUCAACUGCCACAAGAACGGCCGGCCGGACAGCGACUUCCUCAAGUGGCGGUGGCAGCCGCACGGCUGCGACAUUCCCAGGCUGAACGCUACUGAAUUCCUGGAGAGGCUGAGAGGCCAGAGAAUCAUUUUCGUUGGCGACUCGCUGAACCGGAACAUGUGGGAGUCACUGGUCUGCAUCCUUCGCCAUGGCGUCAGGGACAAGAGGAACGUACAUGAAGCAUCAGGGAAGAACCAGUUCAAAACCAGAGGAUACUACUCCUUCAAAUUCAGGGAAUACAAUUGCUCGGUUGAUUUCAUAAGAUCGACAUUUCUGGUCAAGGAGAUGAUCCAUGAGGGCACAAACGGUAUUGAAGACGCAAAGCUGAAACUGGACGAGCUAGAUGCAACAACUCCGGCGUACCGUACUGCUGACAUCGUCGUCUUCAACACCGGUCACUGGUGGACUCACUCAAAAACAUCAAGAGGGUAUAUCACACUAAUUUCUGAACUGAAUACCAUCAAUUAUUUUCCAUCCUUCCAACCAUUGCUGAAGUACUUGUUUGUCCACAGGCUGAACUAUUAUCAAGAGGGCAGCCAUGUGUAUCCCAGCCUUGAGGUUUUAGAUGCAUACAAGAAAGCUCUAACCACAUGGGCUAGAUGGGUUGACAAAAACAUCGACUCAGGAAGAACUCAGGUUGUGUUCAGAGGAUAUUCACUGGCACAUUUCAGGGGAGGGCUGUGGAAUUCAGGAGGGAAAUGCCACAGUGAGACCGAACCAAUCUUCAAUCAUACAUACCUUACUGAGUACCCUGUGAAGAUGAUAAUCCUGGAGCAGGUCCUGAGGCAGAUGAAAACCCCCGUGAUAUACCUCAACAUCAGCACACUCACUGAUUACCGAAAAGACGGUCAUCCGUCAUUGUACCGAUUACGCUAUGAUACAGAAGAGGAACGGAUGGCAGCGGUGACAAAACAGGACUGCAGCCACUGGUGCUUGCCUGGCGUGCCAGAUACGUGGAAUGAACUGUUGUAUGCUUCGCUGCUCCAGACAGGCAAAGGUUCCUGGAAAUUAUGAGAUGAUGGUUACAGUCUUACAGACAUUAGGCUUCAUCAAUUCACAUGCCAAGGCAGAGACGGCUAUUACAGAUGAUUCAUGAAGCUCCGGUCUGUAGUUAGAAUUCGAUACGGUAG